AUGGCGGAAGCUGAGAUGGAUCCGAAGGAGGUUCCGGCAGAUCCUCCUCCUGUGAUUCGUCUAGGGGGGAAAUCCUGGGUAUCAGUAGCACAAGAGAAACAAGUUUUGAAGAAAUAUGAAAUAGACAUUUCGGUGAAGGAAGGGAAGCACUCGGUUGAGGUCCCUGCGGAGAUUAUGGAGCAGCCUAAUCCACUCUGGGAGGAUUUUGUGAUUGCGAGGUUCCUGGACACAGCGCCUCACAUCGCGAAAGUCCACAUGAUUGUCAAUAAAAUCUGGGCUUAUGGGGAGAAAUCGCAGAAGUUGGAUGUGAUUGAAAUGGAUGAGAGAACAAUGAGGAUUAGAAUCACAAAUGGGAGGAUAAAGGAGAAGGUCUUGCGGAGAGGAAUGUGGAAUGUAGCGGGAGUGCAGAUGGUUGUUGCGAGAUGGUCACCUGAUGUUGCUGAUCCAAAUGAAAGCUUGAUUCCAUUAUGGGUUCAUCUGACGAAUGUGCCACUCAACAUGUACUCUUGGAAGGGUUUGAGUUUCAUGACAAGUGCAGUGGGAAUCCCUGAUCACUUGCAUCCAGAAACGCUUGCAUGUACUAACUUUGAGGUUGCAAAGAUAUUAGUUAAGGCAGACUUGUUAAAGGAGUUGCCUAAAAGGAUUGAUUUCAUAAUUCAAGGUGAGAAGGUAGAGGUUGAUUUUGCGUAUCCAGGGCUGCCUCCUCGGUGUAUAAACUGCGGCAAAUGGGGUCAUUAUGAGACUUUUUGCAAAGUAAAGAAGAUGGUAAUGGGUGAGGAGCUAAAAAGUCCAAAAACUCCAGUUGCUGCUACUGUGAUGAAGGGGAAUGUUGAUACAGAGAUAGUACAGAUUGCUUUGGAGAAAGAUAAGAGAGGACAUGAUGAGGUGAUGAGUUUGAGUGGUGGUAGUAAAGAGAGGACGAGCUUGGUGGAAGGAACGAGUAAAGAAUCUAUUCUAGAAGAUGGGGAGAUUAAUGAAUGGAAAAAAGUUUCUGGAGAGGUUAGGAGGACUCUAAAACCGCAGAGUCUAAAAUAUGAUCAAGAGAGUAUUGCUACACCUUCUCGAUUUGCGGCGUUGAGUAAUACGAAUGAGAAGGGUGAAGCAAUAGCAACAGAGGAUAUAGAGGAAAGUGAAGAAGUAGGAACUGAAGAAGAGGAGGAUAUAUUUCAAAGUAGGAUUGAGGAUAGUGUGGAGGCAAGUUUUUUCUGGAAUAUAAGGGGUUUCAAUAAGCCAACUAAGCAAGAGGUGGUGAAAAGCUGGUUAAGGGAGUACUCAUUUCUUUUUGGUUGUCUUAUUGAAACAAGAGUGAGGGAGAGCAAGGCGGGAAGGAUUGUGGAGAAUGUUUUUAAAGAUUGGAAUUUUAUGGCAAACUAUGAGUUUAACAGAUUGGGGAGACUGUGGGUUGUGUGGAAGCAAGAGGUUCGAAUGACUCCGGUGUUUAAAAGUGCACAGAUUAUUACUUGUUCUGUGUUAUUACCAGGGGAGAAGGGUGAGUUUUUCUGUUCUUUUAUCUAUGCUCUCAACAGUAUGGAGGAAAGAAAAGAUUUAUGGAAUGAUUUAAGGAGUCAUGGAGAGGCACAAAUGUUCAGAAACAGGAAGUGGAUUCUGAUGGGAGAUUAUAAUGAGAUUUUAGAGGGGGAAGAGCAUUCGGGAUUUGCAGACUCGCCAAGAAUACCAUUGGGUAUGAGGGAUUUUCAAGAGGUAGUAAAUAUGUGUCAGCUUACGGAUAUGGGGUAUCAAGGGCCAAGAUAUACUUGGUGUAAUAAAAGGGAAGAGGGUGUGAUAUGCAAGAAGCUGGAUAGAGUUCUUGUGAAUGAGGAUUGGAUUAACAACUCGGGAGCUUACUGUGUUUUUGAAUCGGGGGGUUGCUCGGAUCACUUGCGCUGUCGCAUUCAUCUAAAGAGGGUAGAAGCUCCAAAGCGUAAACCUUUCAAGUUCACAAAUGCAAUAGCGCGUAUGCCAGAAUUCAUUCCACUUAUGGAGGAUAAUUGGAAGGAAUAUGAAGAUUUAUAUGUUUCUACAUCAGCUAUGUUCAUGUUAACUAAAAGACUGAAGGCGUUAAAGCAACCAUUACGGGAGCUAAGUAAAAGAAAGUUGGGGGAUUUGCCAAGACGAACGAAGGAAGCUUUCAAGGAGCUUUGUAUGAAACAGCAGAUAACAAUGGAGAACCCCAGUGCGGAGAAUAUCAGAGUUGAAGGAGUUGCGGAGGAGAAAUGGAAGAGAUUGGCUGAUAUUGAAGAGGAUUUUCUGAAGCAAAGAUCAAAGGUUCAUUGGUUGGAUGUGGGAGAUGGUAAUAAUAAGUUCUUCCAUAGCUCAGUCAUGAUUAGAGAAGUACAAAAUGCCAUUCAUGAAAUUCUUCGUGCUGAUGGAACUAUCGCUAUGACUGAUGAGGAGAUCGAGACUGAAGCUGAAAAGUUUUUUGCUGAGUUUAUGACGAUGAAGCCAAUGGAUUUUGAAGGUGCGUCGGUUGAUUUUUUGAAGGAGCUACUGGUUUUCCAGUGUAGUGAGGCAGAUUGUGUGAAGCUGCAGAGGGAAGUUACAAGAGAGGAGGUUAAGGAUGUUCUGUUUGGUAUGCCUGGUUAUAAAUCACCAGGGCCGGAUGGUUUCACUAUGGAAUUCUUUAGAGAAUCAUAG